GGUUAUUAGCUGAAGAUGAGGAGUCAGAUACGCGUAGCACAGUGGCCUGUCAAGAGCUACUGUCGGCAGGUCACCACCAGCGCUAGGCACCGCCAAGCGGCAGAAGGGCCUCUGGACAGUGCCAAACAACCACUCCGCUCAUGCCCAGUCCAAGGCCACCGUGCCCGCUCCACUCACGCCGCCUUGGAUACUUCAGUAUUCGAAACGGUGACCCCUUCGUCCAUCAGACCCUGGGAGGAGGUUCCUGGACCUAAACCUCUGCCGCUGGUGGGGAAUACUUGGAGAUUUGCGCCAUAUAUUGGUAACUAUUCAGUGGAACACGUGGACAAAGUGUGCCUCUCUCUCCGAGAGCAGUACGGGAAGUGCGUCAAGAUGGCAGGUCUUCUCGGCCGUCCGGAUAUGCUGUUCGUUUUUGACGCGGGGGAAGUGGAAAGGGUGUUUAGAUCUGAAGACGGGGCUCCUCACAGACCAUCAAUGCCUUCGUUGAAUUACUACAAGCACGUUUUGAGAAAAGACUUCUUUGGCGCCGAAGAAAAUUGCGCAGGAGUCAUUGCCGUGCACGGCGAUUCAUGGUCCGCGUUCCGUACGAAGGUCUCCCGUGUUGCACUGAGCACCAGUGCUGCCGCACAGUAUACGGUGGCCGUUAGUGAAGUUGCGGACUCCUUUAUAAACCGAUUGCGCGAAAUCAGAAAAGAGGACAAUGAAACGUCAGAGGACUUUUUAAAUGAAGUUCACAAGUGGUCGUUAGAGUCGCUCGGCCUAAUAGCCCUGGACACUCGCCUAGGCUGCUUCCACGCGCCCUCCGGCUCAGAAAGCCAACGCAUCAUCGACGCUGUCAACACAUUCUUCCUCUGCGUUGGACAAUUAGAACUCAAGGCGCCCUGGUGGCGAUUAUGGAACACUCGCAUGUUCAAGCAAUACGUUAACGCUCUUGAUACUAUCCUCAGUGUAACUCUAAGCCACGUGGAGAGAGCGCUGGAGGAGAGCAAGGCCUGUUCAAACAAGUCUCUGCUGCAGGACUUGGUGGCUGCCGCCGGCACCAGGGUGGCUGCUGUGGCAGCCUUGGACAUGUUCCUAGUGGGGAUAGAUACGACCUCAAACGCCGUGGCCUCAACUCUCUACCAACUGUCGCUCAGGCCGCAUGUACAAGAGAAAAUCUACAAUGAGGUCUCACAAGCGCUGCAGGGAAGGGACCUGAGGCCUGGAGACAUCAAUCAGAUGCCGUACCUUAAAGCAUGCGUUAAGGAAGUAUUACGAAUGUAUCCAGUAGUCAUCGGGAACGGUCGACAACUGACUAAAGACACAGUUAUCUGCGGGUACAAUAUUCCUAAAGGGACUCAAGUGAUCUUCCAACACUACGUAAUGGGCAACAGCGAGGAGAACUUCACCAACGCCGCUGAGUUCCGCCCCGAGCGCUGGCUCAAGCGUUCCCCGCUGGACAAACACAGCGCCUUCGCGUCGCUGCCGUUCGGCUUCGGCCGGCGCAUGUGUCUCGGCAGGAGGUUCGCCGAACUGGAGAUACAUACCGUCAUUUGUAAGAUGGUGCAGGCGUUCAAAAUGGAAUACCACCAUGAGCCCCUAGACUACCACAUACAUCCCAUGUACACACCGAACGGACCUAUUCGGAUCAAGCUUAUUGACCGUGAAACCAUUUAGGGCGUAGCUAGGUCAUAGCGCUUAGCUUAUUAUAGUCAGUUUAAAACUAUUUAAAAACGGCCCGUUUAUAAUAGUUGACUAUCGACAGGCGUGGCUCACUCCGCGAUUUCGUCGCUUUGCUACAGGUAGCUAAUAGUACAUCCGUUCGACCCCAAUUUUGCUGUCGCCACCUAGCGGCCAUAUCUGUGCUGAUCGUGAAAAACGCGUUUUGUUAGAGAGUGAGUCUUCUGUACCUAGUACUAUUAUUUAUUCUGUGCUAUCGAUUGAGUAAUCGUGGUGAAUAAUUUUAAUGUUUGAGUAUCAAAGAAGUUUGAAAUCUCUUGCUGUGGGCGUGACUAUACCAGCCGAGUGAUUAUCCAGGGCCGAUAUUCGGAAAGUCCAGGGGCCCAUUUCUCAAACGGUAUUAUUCAUGAACAACCGAUUCGGAGAUGUGAGUGUGUGAGACUGUCACAUGAAUUUGAACCUUAAUACUAUCAUGAUACUGUUGCUUUUUAAACGACAUGGUUGCUUUGGCACGUGCUGUAUGUAGACCGCUCUUAAAAGAAACAAAGGCUUUUGUUUAACGGAUUAGGGCCCGAGCCCGAAAAAAUCAUCUGAGAUAAUUCAUACUAUAGUCUAAUAUUAUUAGUGUUGCCAUGGCAACCCAUACGAUUUGAGAGUUGGUGGACUAAUAAUAUUAGUCUAAUAUCGUUCGAGAAAUGGGCCCCUGGACAAGAUUAAAAACGCAGUUUAGCUAAUCUACGAGAUUAACAAUAAAAUUUUAUUAGGAUUACGUUUGAAAUUUUGAUACAAAUAUCAAAUGUUAUUCGCGCGAUCGCACUGAGAGAAAAGGAUAACAAAAUCACACUUAGAAUUACAAAAAUAAACUUAAUCCGGGGACAAGGAGAGUCAAUUUAACUAAUAGGAAAAAAUUGACUUUUGUAAUUUCUAUUAGUUCUUGCAAUUUCUAUUAUCUGUUUGUUGAAAAUAGAUUUAGGAUUACUGAGCUGUUUGUAGAAAUAAAUAAACUUUACAGAAAUAGUGAAACGUCUAUAAUUAUUACUAAAAUUCAUUUUUUCCCCCAGUACAGAACUGUUUUUUAAUUCCUGGUUUAGUUUACUAAUGAUUUUUCUCUCAGUGCGCAGCGUACCUUUUGUUAUGUUUAUUAAAUUCAAUAUUAUUUUUAACGAAUUUAUUACAUUUAUGAAGUUUGUUUAUGAUUGCAUGUGUUUGGUGAAUCCUUAAAUAAGUAUGUAACGUAAUGCUGUACAGUUGACGUCAAAGAUAUGUUUACAUUUUUGCACCUUAUUCCCUUGUAUUAAGGUGCAAAAGUGUCAACAUAUCUUUGACGUUAAGGAUGACUCUAAACGUACGUGUUUACGAACAUGAUUCGGUAAUAUUCAGGGUAAUUGUAGUUACUCAGCAAAUGUACCUAACUGUAAAUUAAUUUUAAUAUAUAGGUAUUCAUUAACUACAUAAAUACAUAAUUAUCUGUAAAGACUUCGUAUUCAGUAUUGUAUAAUGUUAUUGUAUUAUAUAAUUUUUUAAAGGUU